AUGGCGCUUACUCUCCCAAAGCUCCUCCUCAUAGUCUUGUCCGUGGCUGGCUUCUGGACACUGUGGGGUUUCCCAUAUCAAAAUGGACUUCUGAAGCUGCUUGCAGCGCAGGCCGAGCCUGGUGCAGUCAUCCCGGGUCCUACACUAGCACCAAUGAAACAGACCUACACCGGGAUGGGUGUGGUGGACAAACAACUCACGGUUUUAGUCAGCUUUUUUUAUACCGCCAUUGACGGCAACCGAGCGGACAUCUCGCUCUCAUUCCUGGCUCUUGGUGGCCAGGUCCUAGGAGCCUGGACAUUGAUCACCAUUGAAUCUCUGAGAGUUGCAAACAAGGGCAAGUUCUUGUUGACAGCAACCACCCUGCUUGGACUGGGAGUUGCCAUCAUCGGGUAUGCUUGCGUCGCACCGUUAUGGUUUGCACUGCAUCUCUGGGUUUCACCUACUGUAAAUAAUCCAAAAGACUAUCAACUGAUUGUCGACACGCCUGUUAAACUAGCAAUUGCCCCGAUCAGCAUCUUGAUUGGGUUUGGCCUCCCUUCGGUGGUUAUGACCCUUCCAGCCCCGGCUGUGCUGUCUUUCGACACUAAACAGACCUGGACGGCAAUUCAGCAAGGGUGGCCCAUUUGGAUUGGGAUCACUCACUUCAUUCUCUCCACUUUUGCCAUUAUCCUCGACCAAAGAGCUUCCAUCAUGACGGAGAAGGCAAAACGUGCCAAGACAAUCACAUACCUUCGUCGAGCGUAUGCGUUCAGUAUACUGUCUUCUACUGGCUCUUACCUGGGAGGCUUGAGCCUUUCGAUGCUGGCGUACGCUUUUCCAGUCUUAUUUCGCUCCACCUAUCUCGCGCAGCUGCAACCACAGCAGGUCUACUGGCCCGUACUCCCAUUUGGCGAGCAUCAAGUUAAAGAACUCGCAGAUGGGGCGCUCCCGUUCCUACAGUGGGAUCUCAUUAUUGCAGUAGGGGCAAACCUUGUUUGGGGUCUCGCUGUCCGAGCCGCAAGCAAGACUGAGAAGGGCAGCAUUGGUCAAACCCUCAUCGGUAGUGCUAAGAUUGCCGUGAUCGCACUCUUGCUGGGCCCGACUGCGGCCGCUACUGUGGCAGUUUGGGCUCGCGACGAAUUUAUUUUUCGCAGGAGUGAUCCUUCAGUCGAGAAAAACAAGGAAAACUGA